GAUAUUCCAACCUGUAACACAGGCUCUCCAUACAUGAUUGGUAUAUUUUAUGAAACCAAGAGUUGUGUUUCUAAACAACCCAAAAGCUAGUGAGUUGAUGGAUAGAAAAGUGACGCAUGCUUUUGUUUAAAUUAAUAUAUACACACAUAUAUAUUCUUUGAGUAGUUACAUACAAAGGCAUUGUCAAAGUGCCCACAUACACAAAUUUGGAUUCUUGUCUAUAGAAGAUAAGUAUUUACUUGGCAUCAUACCCCCAUGGCCUAAAUUUCCCAAAACUCCCCAUCAAGCAUGAAAAUCAUCCCACCAUUACUCCUUAUCUUCUUCUCCAUUCAAGCCAACGCCCAAAGCCCCUCCGACAACACCGACCUUAACACACCGGAUUCCGUCAGCAACUUCCAGCCGAGCCUCGCCGUCGUGAUCGGCAUGCUCGCCAUCAUGUUCUCCCUCACCUUCGUCCUCCUCCUCUACGCCAAGUUCUGCCACCGCGCCGCCUCCGUCCACAGCCACCAAAUCCACGACGGCCUCCCCCGCUCCCGCUCCCUCGCCGCCGGCGUCGACAAGACCGUCGUGGAGUCGCUCCCCUUCUUCCGCUUCUCCUACCUCCGCGGGUCCCGCGACGGCCUCGAGUGCGCCGUCUGCCUCGCCAAAUUCGAGGACGUGGACAUCCUCCGGCUGCUCCCCAAAUGCAAGCACGCCUUUCACAUCGACUGCAUCGAUCAGUGGCUCGAGAAGCAUUCCACCUGCCCCCUCUGCCGCCGCAAGGUCAGCGCCGACGACCUCUCGCAGCUGCAGUUUUCCACUAGUUUGAGAUUCUUAUGCAAUCCCGAGCUAGGGCGCCAGGAUUCCAAUCUAGAGCUCUACGUCGAGAGAGAGGAGAGCCGCCACGGAUCCUCCCGAUUCUGCAUUGGCGGCAGCUUCCGGAAGAUGGAGGAGGAGGAGGAGGCGCCCAUACCGGAGAGCAUGGACUGCGACUCCUCGCCGCCGCCGCCGCUCCACAGAUUCAACCACAAGAUCCUGGUGGCGGACGCGGUGCUGAAGAACCGGUGGAGCAACGUGAGCUCCUCCGACAUCAUGUUCCUGAAUUCGGAGAUGAUGUCGUCGGCGGCGGAGGCGAUCACGAGCAUCAAGGAGGAGAUGGAGAGGAAGAGAGCGUUGGAGAGCAAGGUCAGAGAAAUCAAUCAAGCGUCGCGUGGUGAUGACCGGAAUAUUCUCGAAACGGAUUCUAAUCGGCGGAAACUAGGGUUUGAAUCCAACGACAAGAGAUCCAUGUCCGAAAUCGUAGUUCAUCCGAGAUUCACAGAGUUGAGGAGGAAAGAUUCGUCGUCUGAAGAAAUUAAUGUGAAGGAGGAAACAACCAGAAGGCUUUGGCUCUCGAUUGCACGAAAAACAGUCCAGUGGUUUGCAAAUAGAGAGAGAAGAUCUCCGCAGCCUCAAGAAUUAAGGUUAAAUAUAUGAUCAUAACGAAAAUCAAAUUUACUUCCAUUCCAUCAACAGGAUUCUCUCUCUCUCUCUCUCUCUCUCUCUCUCUACAGUUACAAAUAUAUCCUGGGAUGAGUUGUUUUAUUUUUACUGUUUGACAUAAGGAUACGACAAAUUUAAUAUACCAUUUUUGUACAUGAAAAAAGUCCACGGAGGGGGCAGCGGCCCCUUCAAAUAUAUAUUGAUGUACAUUUUCUUACAUGUAAAGGAAAUGAGAUUCGAUA